AUGUCUAUAGAAGACAUUGUUCAAUCCCUUGCUAAUAGCACUCUUGCUUUUCAACAGGAAACGAAGUCAAGCAUUCAAAAUUUGGAGAAUCAAAUGAGCCAACUUGCUACAUCAGUAAGCAAGCUGGAAUCACAAGGGAAACUGCCUUCCCAAACCGUGCCAAAUCCAAAACAGAAUGUAAGUGUAAUUAUGCUGCGAAGUGGGAAGGAGUUAGAAUCUGCCAGCCCGAAGAAGCUUGCCCAAGGCAGUAAGGCAGACCAGAAGGCAGAAGCAGAAAUAGAGAUUCUAGAAGAGAAUCAGCCUCAAAAAUAUGAGGAAGAACAAUCCCCAAUGCAGGUAAUACGUCCACCUUUUCCUAAAAGUGUUCAAUCAAAAAGAGAAAAGGAAGAGAAAGAGAUCUUAGAGAUCUUUCGCAAGGUCCAGGUAAACAUACCCCUUAUUGCGACUUUAAAGCAAAUACCCAGGUACGCGAAAUUUCUAAAAGACCUUUGCACUAAUAAAAGAAAAUUGUAUGGGCACGAAAAGAUUAAAGUAGGAGAGAAUGUGUCAGCUGUACUCCAAAGAAAAAUUGCACCAAAAUGUAAAGACAAAGGUCCUUUGAAACAAUCAGGAGUCACACUCCAACUCGCCGAUAGAUCAAUAGUUUAUCCUAAAGGCGUGUUAGAGGAUGUUUUGGUCCAAGUGGGAAGAUUAAUUUUCCCAGCUGACUUUUUUGUCUUGGAUAUGGAAGAUAACAAUUCAUCCAACUCUACAGAUUUAUUGCUAGGAAGACCAUUCCUUAACACAGCUAGAACGAAGAUCGACGUGCAUGAAGGCACACUUUCAAUGGAGUUUGAUGGAGAAGAGGUAAACAUAGAUGUAGUUGAUCCUCUCGCUCAAGAAGUCUUUGAACUAAGCAAGAAAAACAAGUUGGAGAUUGGAUUUUCUAGGCAAUUCGAGACUUUAGGGAACCUUUUUGGAGAUGGCCAGCGCCGCCUCCUCCGCCAUCCACUUCCUCGCCGGAUGCAACCACAUGCCAGCGUUUGCAGAUGUGAUGAGUUAUGA